AUGAUACCCUCACUCAUUAAGUAUGGCAUUCGUGCCGCCAAACAUGCAAAAGAUGCAAACGCAUCCGCACUGGCCUCUAUGCUGCUUAAAGAACAUUCAACAAAUGGUCCAUUGGUCCGCUCACAAUACCUUGAUGUGAAUCAACUGCAGCGAUUGAGCGCCACGCUUGCUUCUCAUAGCUUGUCUGAUACCUCAUCCACCUUCGCAGUAGAGUCUAGCCCUGACACUCUUCCAAUUCCUCCCUGUCACCAUCUAGUAUAUUUUACACCACCGGAUGCCGAGGAUAAAUUGGGGCUUGAUGGAUCGGAUACGAUAUUCAAUCCGCCAGGAUCUUUUACAAGGAGGAUGUGGGCUGGCGGGGAAUUGGAAUGGGUGCAUGGAAAUAAACUGGUGACGGGGGAAAAGGCAGAGGAAACGACGACCCUGAAGAGUGCGGAGGUGAAGAAGACGAAAGCUGGGGAUGAGAUGAUAGUUGUGGGGGUUGAAAAGACAUUCAAGAAUUCCAGGGGACUUGCGCUUGUGGAUCGAAGAAAUUGGUUAUUUAGACAAGCGAUUGACUUCAAUAACCCCCCUCCUCUUCCGCCACUUCCUUCCCUCAUUCCAGUUACUUCCGCCAAAUACGAGCACACUAUUACCCAUACACCAAUAUCUCUCUUCCGCUUUUCUGCUUUAACUUUCAACGCGCAUAAAAUACAUUAUGACCGGGACUGGUGUCGGAAAGUUGAGGGACAUCGAGAUUGCGUCGUACAUGGUCCGUUGAAUUUGAUACACAUGGUUGAUUUCUGGAGACAUAUUAUAGGAAAGUGUGAGGGGGGCACAGUGAAUGACAAACUUACAGUGCUUUUACCAAAAAAGGUUAAGUAUAGAGCUACGAGUCCCUUUUACGUGGGGGAGGAGUACCGGAUACUGAUGGAGGAGGAGAAGGAAAAGGUCUGCAAUAUGAAGAUUGUAGAUCGGUUUGGAAUUGUGGGAAUGGUAGGCAAAAUUGAGAGGUGGUGA